UUGACUUCAAAUGCGAAUUAUUUCAAAUCUAUCACCAUAACAAUGUCAGAAAAUGAGAAAAUACACGGAACGUUUGAAAAAGGCAUUGGUUUGUUAAAAGUGUGUCGAAACAGAAGACCCGAAAGAGUGACAUUUUGCCUAAAGCUAGAAACACAUCAAAUACUUCUGUUCAAAAAGGUUGACGGUUGCAGUAUUCUUGAAAAUGCCAUUGACUUACGGGAAGUAAAGGAAGUUCGGAUUGGGAAGAACUCGAAAGCCUUUGAAGUAUGGCCUGAAGAAACUCGAAAAUUUCGAAAUGAGGAAUGCUUUGUUAUACUCUACGGCAAUUCUUUUAUUUUGAAUUCUUUGUCAGGCAUCGCAAAAGAGGAAGAAUGCGAAAUGUUGGUUAAAGAUAUUCGCCAGCUUGCAGCAGAGAGUGCCAAUGCACCCCAUUCCAUUUUAGUUGGAAGAUGGCUCCGUAAAGAAUUUUAUAGGAUGGAGAAAUCAAGAGGAGUAAUAACUAUUAAAGAUUUGGAAAUGUUUUUAACGAAGAUAAAUGUGAAGAUGACCACUAAUAGGCUUCAAGAACUUUUACAGGAUGUUGAUGGUGAAAUUGGAUAUGAAGACUUUGCUUCAUUUUAUCAUAAGUUAAUUCGUGAUGAGCAGGAUAAUAUCAUCACAAGAAUGACAGAAAUUGAUUCCGAAAUCUUUGCUUCUUUUUAUCAUGAUUCAAUUCAUGCUGACCAGGUAUUUGAUGGAGAACAUACAAAAGAUAAACCUAGAAUCACUUUGAAAUGGUUCCGAAAUUUUUUGAUAAAGCAGCAAAAAGAUCAUGAUGCUACAGAUGAACAAAAAGUUAGCCAGCUCAUGAGGGAAUAUUUUCAAGAUCCAGCCAGAAAUAUCCAAGAACCAUUUUUUACUGUCUCCGAGUUUAUAGAUUUCCUCUUUUCAAAGCAAAACGACGUAUGGGACGAGCAACACAAUGAAGUCAAUCAAGAUAUGACUCAGCCCUUAGUCAAUUACUGGAUUGCAUCAUCUCACAAGACUUAUCUUAAUAGUGGUCAGUUAAACUCAGAAGUGUCAGUUGAAGCCUAUGCCAGAUGCCUUAGAAUGGGAUGUCGGUGUAUUGAAUUGGAAUGCUGGGAUGGACCUGACUACAUGCCUUUUGUCUCUCUUUUAAACAGAAACGGAACUAAAUUUAUGGAUGCUAUCAGAACAAUCAAAGAGCAUGCAUUUGUUACAUCUGAGUAUCCAGUAAUUUUGUCGAUUGUCAACCAUUGUAAUUUAGUUCAACAAAGAAUUAUGGCGGCGGCACUUCAUGAAGUUUUUGGAGAUAUGCUCCUAAUAGAGCCCGUUAAAAGAGAUAGUGCACAGAUGCCAUCACCUGAUCAGUUAAAAAAGAAAAUUAUCAUUAUGCAUAAAAAGAUUCCUGCAGAAGAAGAUGAAACAAUAAUUCUGGAAAAGAAUGAAGGUGCUUAUUCUGAUACCAGUGAUGCUGUGAAAAAUGGUACUCUUCACCUUGGUCAUCCAACAUGUAAAGAAUGGAAAUCUUACUUGUUUGUACUAAAGCAAGACAAGCUGUACUUUAAUGAAGAACUAGAGGACACCGAAGAUGAAGGUCAGAAAGACAAUAACAUGCAUUCAGAAAAGAACAUUCUUGGCGAUCAUGUUGGAAAAAAAUGGUUUCAUGAGAUGAUGUCCCGUGAUGAAGCUCAGGAACUGCUUUAUCAGCAUUCAAAUUUAGGGGAUGGUAUUUUUCUUGUUCGUCAGAGUGGGGUUUUUCCUGAUAUCGUUUCUUUGUCAUUUUUGUCACAAGGUACAGUUCAUCAUUGCUGUAUCAGAAAAAAACAAGAAAGUGGACAAGCGAAGUACUUCUUGAUUGACAACUCUUAUUUUGAUACAAUUUGCAAUCUGAUCACAUAUUAUCAGUCUAAUCCAUUGAAAACUCAUGAAUCGUGCAUACGUUUGACAGAACCUGUUUCUCAGAUAAAAAAGCAUGAAGAAAUGGAAUGGUUUCAUUCGAAUAUGACACGAGCACAAGCAGAAGAAGUAUUAAGGCGGGAAAGCAGCAGAACAUAUUUAGUUCGCCCAAGUGAAAGAGAAGAAAACGAUUUCGUGCUUUCUUUCAGAGCUUUCAACACAAUAAAACAUGCCAGAAUAAGGCAAGAAGGCGGUCUUUACACGAUUGGGACUAAACAUUUUGAUAGUUUAGUGGAACUUGUUAAUUAUUAUGAAGAGCAUGGGCUUUACGUGGAAGUAAAAUUAAAGCCUUCUGGUAGUGAACAAGUGAUUCAUGUACCUUCUAAUAUCACUGUAAAAGCUUUGUACGAUUAUAGUGCUCAGAGAAUCGAUGAGCUGUCUUUCUGCAAAUAUGCUCUCAUUACAAAUGUGUCCAAAGAAGAUGGCGGCUGGUGGAAAGGAGAUUACGGUGGAAAGCUGCAGCAUUGGUUUCCUGCGAAUUAUGUGGAAGAAAUCGAACUUGAAGAAAGCAGUGAUGAAAGUUUUAUAGAAAUUAUGCCAAGAGAUCUGCAAAAAGGCUCCAUUGAUUUAAUUGAUUGUAGUGUAGACGUGUCUUCGAAGACAUUUGGAGACAAGAAGCAUGUGUUUAGAAUACUUUCAGAAGGUCUAGUUUACUACCUCGAAGCUGCAUCUGAAGAAGAUAUGCUGGAUUGGAUCCACAAGAUACGAGAGACAGCGCAGUCUUUUUAUGACUCUUUAAAACACAGAAAACAGCUGAAAAAGCCAAAAGUAGCCAAAGAAUUGUCUAGCUUGCUGAUAUAUUUUAAAUCAAAGCAGUUUAAUAUACAAGAAAUUGGAAAUUUCACUGAAAUGGCCUCCUGUCCCGAAACAAAAAUGGAGAAGUGGGUUGAACCUGAGAGAUGCGAAUUCCUUGUGAAAUAUCCUUUUUAUAUGUUUGAUUUUAGGCGAUUAUGUUCUAUAGGAAGAUUUUAUAAUAGGAUGAAUUUCAGCCGAGUCUAUCCUAAAGCAAGCCGCAUUGAUUCUUCUAAUUAUGAUCCAAUAAAAAUGUGGAACGCUGGAAUCCAAAUGGUUGCAUUGAAUUAUCAAACUGCAGAUAGAGCAAUGCAGCUAAAUCAUGCAAGGUUUUUGCAGAACGGAAGAUGUGGUUAUGUUUUGAGACCCAAAUGCAUGUUUGAUGAUAAGUUUGAUCCUCAUGAUCCGGUAACACUGCAAAAUGUUGAACCUUUUGUCAUCACUAUUCAGAUCAUCACUGCUCGACAUUUGAUGGAAACAAGUAAAGAACUUGGUAUUUUAUUCAUAGAAGUUGAAAUAGUUGGAGCUGAAUAUGAUUGCCGUCUCUUUAAUACCAGUACAAAAGAAUAUAGAGGUUUGAAUCUUGUUUGGAGAGAGUCUUUUAGAUGCAAUGUUUAUAAUCCUGAUUUAGCGAUUAUCAGGUUUGUAGCUCAGUCUGAAGACGAAUUUGGGAAUUCAAAAAUUCUUGGGCAGGCUGCUUAUCCCAUCACUUGUUUGAAACCAGGUUUUAGAUCCAUUUCCUUAAAGAAUGAAUUCAAUGAAGAAUUAGAGUUGUCACGUUUGCUUGUACAUAUUGACAUCCAAAAAAUUUCAAAGGAAGAAAUAAGCAAUAAUUCUAAUUCAUCUUCAGAAUCCUUAACGAAUGACAAACAAAAAAUUGGAGAUAAAGCAGUUGUUGUCAGUCCUAAUGGAUCUUCACAAUCCUUAACGAAUGACAAACAAAAAAUUGGAGAUGAAGCAGUUGUCGUGUGUCUUAAUGAAUCGUCAGAAUCCUUAACGAAUAACAAACAAAAAAUUGGAGAUAAGGCAGUUGUCGUCAGUCCUAGUGGAUCUUCAGAAUCCUUAAAGAAUGACAAACAAAAAAUUGGAGAUGAAGCAGUGGUCAUCAUUUCUAAUCCGUCUUCAGAAUCUUAGGUAAUGACAGACAAAGAAUUAUAGAAGAAACAGAUAUCAAUCCUAAUCUAUCUGCAAAAUUUUUAACAAAUUGUAAAACAAAUAAUUGGAUAUGGAAAAGUUGCUAUCAGUCCUAAUCUUAAUCCAUCUUCAGAAUUCAUCAAGAAUGACAAAAAAAAAAAAUCAUUGAAAAUGAAAAGAAUGACAUCAUUCCUAAUGCAUCUUUUGAAUUCUUAUUAAAUGAAAAGAUUUGGCGACGAACAAUUAUCAUCAAUCCUGAUCCUAAUCCAUCCUCAAAAUCCUAGACAAAUGGCAAAGAGAGAUUUGAAAACGAAAUAUAUAUCUUCUGUCCUAAUCCUAAUCCAUCUUCAAAAUCCUUAAUGAAUGAAAAACAGAUAAUUUCAGAUGAAAUAGACGCAUACUCUAUUCAUUCAGAGUAAUCAAGAGCUACUUUCAAAGAACUAUAGAAGUUGAAAAGAGUAUUGCAAGAUGGUAAAAGUGGUCAUUUUUUUUUUCAAAAUAUAAAAGUUCCUUCUGAAACAGCGUGUCAUUAAACACAACUGUGCA